GACUGCCACUUUCCGAGUUGUUCCGCUGACGCCUUUAGUCACGUAAAAUUAUAUUCCCAAAGAGAUCGAGGCCGCGAUCCGGUGCGCAGUGUAACAGUGGUGUGUCGGUUGGGUGAUACAAACCUGAUAGAUAACUCCACGCAUGCCUAAAGUGUGAUGUUUGAGACAGUGUAUUGUUGCGACCUCAUUUACCCCUGAAUUCGCCGGACGCAAGCUGCUCAGGCUUUCUAUCGGUUGUACGGAACGAGCGACACUGACUACCACUGAAUCGAUGAGAAGACGCGCUCGGACGGAAUGACAGCUCGCACAUUGAUCGAGCGCAAUUCAAUCCAAUGGUGAUUGGAUGACGAUCUCAACACGCUCCCCGGAUAAGGAGCCGUCGCCACCCAAGCAGAUCAACUUCGCUGAGCCGCUGGUCGAGUCCGUGCGUGUAUACCUUGUAAAUGAGCUGCCUACAAAGCAGCUAGCGCUGGUGCAGCGCGCACCGUCGCCCACCACACCAUCCCCACCACCAUCUCCACGCUGCCAUGUGGACAUAGCGACCUCCACAGACCGUGAGGAUAUCAAAGGCAUCAACUUCGAGGCACGACUCAAGCGUAAUGACCUAAAUAACAACGCAUCUCGUCGCAGAAACGAUAGGAGAGAGAUGCCCAGUCAAGCUGAACUAAUGCAGCGGCAGCCGUUGCUGGCGAGGGCCGUCAAAGCUGACGCGCCACAAGCCACUACAGAUGAAUCGGAUCCAGAUCAAGAUCAUUCACCUCAACGCACUCACGCCGGAGACUUUAUGGUAGAAAUACCCGCGGGAACGGUGAGAGAAGAAAGAUACCCGAAAGAAAUAUGGAAAACAAUACUAUCAUUCUUCUUCUUAUUUCUGUGUGUCUGCAUAAAUAUGAUGUCUCUAUCACUGGUACACGAGCGUCUUCCGGACCGAAAUACGACGCCGCCUUUGAAUGAUAUCAUACUAGACAACGUGACAGCACAAGACUGGGGUUUAGCUGUGUCAGAGUAUCUGAUUAUGAUCUCAACAACGGUAGCCAUGAUCGUGGUUGUAUUUCACAAGCACCGAUUCAUCGUGGCUCGUCGCCUCUUCUUCAUUAUUGGCCUAUUAUACUUGUACAGGUCCGUCACCAUGUUUGUGACGGUGCUGCCUGUGUCAAGUAAGACAUACUUCUGUAGUCCGAAGAGUAAUUCUACAACACCCCUCCUCGUUAUAAAGAGAAUGUUUUAUUUAAUAUCAGGGUUCGGACUGUCGAUCAAUGGAAAGCACACAUACUGCGGAGAUUACAUAUACUCCGGGCACACAAUGGUUUUAGUGCUAAGUUACCUGAUCGUGGCAGAAUAUUCUCCAAAAAAAUUAUGGCCGGUGCAUUGGGCUAUGUGGGGUUCGGCUGUUCUCGGCGUAUCAUUUGUGUUAUUAGCACACGGACAUUACACAGUGGAUGUUGUGAUAGCAUACUAUAUAACAACUAGAUUAUUCUGGACGUUCCAUUCACUGCUCGUCACGCCACAUCGAAGCGGCAACGGCUACAACCAUUACAUGAUACAGCGAGAAUGGUGGUACUGGCUGUUCACCUACCUGGAGCGGAACGUGCGGGGGCCGGUGCCGCGACGUUACGACUGGCCGCUGCCCUGGCCGCGCACUAAGCUGUUCAGUAGACUCAGCUAGUGACGCGCCCGCCCGCCGCCGAAUUCCCCGCCACCGGAGCGGGUAUGACGCUCACCUUUUGAGAAUGCCGCUUCAGCACUUGCAGCUCCUUGGGGCUGGUGCGGGUGCAGAUGGCCAGCGUGAGCGUAUAGUCGAACUGGUGCACGAUCAGGUUCAGAUAGACGGUCUCCUCCCAAUCGAUCUCCGGGUCUCCGAUGGGCAGCUUCUUGGAGUCCUUCCGAAACACCUCCACGUCCGUCUGCGAACGAAGAGGCCGGCCGGGCGGCGGGUGAGUCGAAAAUCUCGUUGCGACGUAUCGUGGUACGAGCCAAGUACCGCAUUGUGACAAUGUGAUAGCCUCUUGAGGGCCCGCUCUAGUUCCCUAACAGUAACUUUUUUCUUAACCAGCGACCUCGUAGGCUUUUAAUGUUAAAUAGUUUAAGAUAUGGUUUUUAUUUGACAAAGAACAAUAAUUAAUCGAUCAAUUAUGUACUAUCAACUAUUGUAAAGAUUUUGUUUUGUAAAUUGUAUAUUUUAUAAGUGGUUAUUGAUCUAUCUCGAGUCUAACAAUUAUCAUAUUUAUAAUCAAAAAUGUACUGUGAUUAGUUGGAUGCGUGGUGAGUGUGAGUUUCUGUGUGGGUCUGAAGUCUGAACAAAUGUAUAGGUUGCGACUUUCACCUCAACAUAAUGCAUAAUAUGUGUGUAAUAGCUGCCUAUUGUAAGAAAACAUAUUUUUAUAUCUUUCAAAUAAAGUACAUAACUGUUGUUUCUGAAGGCUUGUAUUUCCAAAGAUUUUCCUGAUUGAUAUACUAAAUACAGCAUCUAUAAUCCAAAUGGUGCUAACUCGAAAUCUUUUACUUUAGAAAUUCACCAUACCCUUGUUACUUAACAAAUCUUGGAUAAACACUACAAAUAUUUGUAUUGUAACAAACUGGAAAUACUGCACAAACAAUAUAGAAGGUAUUUUUAUAAAACAUAUAUUUAUUACUGAAGAAAAUGAAAAUUGUAUAGAGUAUCUCUUGAUCUGAUGUUAAGAUCUUGUACCUUGUAUAGCCUCUAUUUGUCAUAUGUACCUCUGUUAUAUGUUAUGUAAUGUGCUUAUGUGACAUCCAAUCUAUAAAAUUUAAAAUUGUACCACAUUAUAAUUUUUUCCCAAACGCCAAGUAAAAGAUAGCGAUUAAAUUUUGUAACAAAUGUCAUAUAAAAAUUACGAAGCCUGUAGCAUAUUGGAUAUUUUUGUGAUCAGUAUUUUAUUAUUGAUUUACCUGUGUGUAAACAGAAAAAAAUGUCCCAAAAUAUUUUUCAUAUGAUUGUAACGGGCUCAAAUCUUACCUCGUAUUUAGGCAAAUAGCGCGACGAGCCUUUGACGUGACGCUUACGAACAAAGAACAGUAGAUCAUCACAGUCGAUGGAUUGCUCUUCUUGGAAUAGGAAAUGCCUCACGAAAAGAUCUGUCCAAUAAGUAGUUCCUUGAAGCACCACGAACCCAGAAUCUGUAACAUAGCUCGUUAACACAGACUUAACAUUGCAGUUUCCACCAUGUCACAAUGGUACAAGUGCUUGAUCAUUGGCAGAUCUUUUUUUUUAAAGUGAUAUAAAUAUGCUCUUAUAAAAUAUGUAGUUGACCUAGAUUCUAGGAAUUUUAGGUCUCUUAAUUUUAAGCCUUGUGCCUUCGAUGAAAGAAAAAUUAAAACCUUAAUGUUCAUUAAAAAUAUUAUUAAUCUAUACAUCAAUGCAAAAUGUCUAAUAAUGAUAGAAUGUACUCAUAGGUAUUAUAGUGUAACUUAUUAAUGUUAUAUGUUAAAUGACUAGCACUGUUUGUCAAAAAUGUUUUAAAAUGAUAUUUAAGUGAGGCACAGGUUAACUAAAGAGUCUGAAUGGACCUUUUUCCCUAACGGGGUUUUUUUAUUUUAAGCAUCGUAUGUUCUCGAAGAUUCCAUGAACUCUAACAAGCUGAAGAUGUGAAUACGAAGUACAAUAGUUUUUUUAAUUUUAAUUUGUACAUAUUGCCAAGAUAUUUUCACAUCUAACAAUGGUAGAGGUUCGAAAUUAAAGAAUUUAUUAUGUUGAUUAUGUAUAUAUAUAUUAAUUGUAAUUUAUUAAUAUUUUUUGUUAAUCUUAUAAUUAAUGCACUACAACAAUGAGUUUUUUUGUAUGUUAAAAGAAGUUGUACUUUUAACGACACUACUUAUAUUUAUCUGAAAAUCUUUAAAUCAUUUCAACAGGAUAAGACGUUUUUGUACUUUCUUAUUGUAUUUGUGCACUGAAGGCAGAUGAAUUGAAUUUGUAUACUGUUUAUAAUAAGCUAAAUCCUGAAAGUUGUUACUCGGGCCCUUCAGCGGGCCUGAAUUGAAUCCACAUUCCAAAACAGCGAUUAAUUUGCUACGAGAUGAAAUUGCAAGCCGGCCAAAAAAUACUUUUAUAUUCGAGGGGUUCCGAAUAUCAACGGAUUAAAUAGAUGUAAUAUUUUGUUUUUAAUAUUAUAUACAUAUAUACACAUUUAUAUGUAUAUAUGUAUAUAUGUAUAUAUUUUAAUUGUGUUCAGGAUCUAAGCGUUUCGGAAUCCCGUGUGUGAACAUUGAUAGUUGUAUGUCUGUUUGUGGAAUAAUACUACUUGUUUAUACCAUUGCUGUUGUUUCAAAGUUCAAUAAAUGUUUUUAAUAUAAA